CCGCCGCCGCCGCCUGUGCCUCAAGGACUCCGCGGUUCUGCUGCCGCCCAGGCACGCCACGCACAGACACGUGCCCGCCCCGCCAACUCUCUCCGCCCAAGAAUCACAUUCCCUUCUUUCCUUCUGUCUGUGGAUCUGUACUAUACCUUCUGAAGCCUACAAUGAGUUCAUCUAUAGGACUUACUUUCUUGUCAUUAGUUAUCAUCUUUUGUACAGUGUGGUGGCCAACAGAAAGCACUGCAAGGAACUAUGGGCCGGUCUUUGAAGAACAACCGCGCAACAUCAUUUUCCCAGAAGGAUCUACAGAGGAGCAAAUACUGUUGGCGUGUCAUGCACGAGCCAGCCCUCCUGCAACCUACAAGUGGAAACUGAAUGGCACAGAGAUCAAAAUUGAGCCGGAUUCCCGCUAUAGAUUGAAUGGGGGCAACCUUGUGAUAAGCAACCCAGUGAAAACCAAAGAUACUGGAUCUUACCAGUGUGUGGCAAACAACUCUGUGGGCACAGUACUCAGCAGAGAAGCUUAUGUUCGCUUUGGCUUUUUACAGGAAUUCUCUACAGAAGAGCGAGACCCUGUGAAGGUUACAGAGGGCUGGGGGGUGAUGUUUACUUGUAGUCCACCCCCACAUUAUCCAGGAAUUGAAUACCGCUGGUUUGUGAAUGACUUCCCCAACUUCAUUCCAACGGAUGGAAGACGUUUCAUCUCGCAGACCACUGGAAACCUAUACAUUGCUAAAACAGAGGCCUCUGAUCUUGGCAACUAUUCCUGCUUUGCCACUGGCCACAUUGACUCCAUUAAAAAGAGUGUUUUUAGCACAUCUUCUCAGCUUAAUCUUGUUAGAGAAGAUUCUAGGCCAUAUGCCCCAACAAUCAAAGCCAAGUUUCCCUCUGACACUUAUGCUCUGGCUGGGCAGCUGGUGGCUUUGGAGUGUUUUGCCUUUGGGAACCCUGUCCCUCGAAUAAAAUGGCGGAAGUUGGAUGGUAGCCAGUCUUCUAACUGGAUCACAAUGGAGCCCCUCCUGCAGCUUAAAGAGGUUGGCUUUGAAGAUGAGGGCACUUAUGAGUGUGAAGCUGAAAAUAUCCAAGGAAAAGACACCUAUCGGGGACGCAUUAUCAUCCAAGCUCAGCCAGAAUGGCUGGAGGUCAUCACAGACAAAGAAGCUGACAUUGGAUCAGACCUCCACUGGAGUUGUGCUGCAGGUGGCAAGCCAAGGCCUACAAUAAGAUGGCUACGGAAUGGACAACCGUUAACUUCCCAGAAUCGCAUUGAAGUAAAUGGUGGAAAUUUGAGAAUUUCAAAGUUAACAAUGAAUGAUUCUGGGAUGUAUCAGUGUGUAGGAGAGAACAAACAUGGCAACAUUUAUGCAAAUGCUGAAUUAUAUGUGCAAGCGUUUGCACCUGAUUUUCGGCUAAACCCUGUGAGACCUCUGAUACCAGCAGCUCGAGGUGGAGAAAUUAUCAUCCAUUGCCAACCAAGAGCAGCACCAAAAGCUACUAUCCUCUGGACCAAAGGGACUGAACUUCUGAGCAAUAGUUCCAGAACUACUAUUACUCCAGAUGGCACUUUGAUCAUUCGGAAUAUUAGCAAGUCCGAUGAAGGGAAGUAUACCUGCUUUGCUGAGAAUUUCAUGGGCAAAGCAAACAGCACAGGAACUCUGUCAGUUCGAGAUGCUACCAAAAUCACUCUGGCGCCAUCCAGUGCUGACAUUAAUGUGGGUGAGAAUAUCACCCUAAAGUGCCAUGCGUCUCAUGAUCCAAGAAUGGACCUCACGUUUACUUGGUCCCUAGAUGAAUUUCUUAUUGACUUGGGAAAGUCUGAAGGCCACUACAAGCGAGCAAGUGUGAAAGAGAAUAUUGGAGAUCUUAUGAUUCUGAAUGCUCAGCUGAAACAUGCUGGCAGAUAUACUUGUACAGCCCAGACAGUGGUGGACAGUGCUUCUGAGUCAGCUAUCCUAGUUGUAAGAGGUCCUCCAGGACCUCCUGGGGGACUGGUGGUAAGGGACAUCAAAGACACCUCUGUGCAACUGAGCUGGAGUCGAGGCUUUGAUAACCACAGCCCAAUAGCUAAAUAUGUCAUCCAGGCCCGCACUCCACUCACCCCCAAAUGGAAGCAAGUGCGCACCAAUCCUGCAAACAUUGAAGGUAACUCAGAGAUGGCCCAAGUGGUCAACCUCAUCCCAUGGAUGGAUUAUGAAUUUCGGGUCCUGGCCAGUAACAUCCUUGGUGUUGGAGAACCCAGUGUACCAUCUGCCAAGAUCCUCACCAAAGAGGCUGCCCCUACUGUUGCACCAUCUGGGCUUAAUGGAGGAGGAGGAGCACCUGGAGAACUCAUCAUCAACUGGACGCCAAUGCAACGGGAGUACCAAAAUGGAGACGGCUUUGGAUAUAAGCUUGCUUUCCGGAAAGAAGGCACCCAGGGCUGGAAGACAGCAACUGUGCCCCAUGCAGAAUCACUGCAUUAUGUUUAUCGCAAUGAGAGUAUUGCACCUUAUACACCAUUUGAAGUGAAGAUCAGGGCCUUCAACAAGAAGGGAGAAGGACCAGAGAGUUUAGUAUCCAUCAUAUACUCUGCUGAAGAAGAACCAAGAGUGGCUCCCUCUAACGUUACAGUCAAGGCAGUAAUGGCCACAGAAAUGGAUGUUUCUUGGGAUCCUGUGGAGCACCAUGACAUGAACAGAGUCCUACUGGGCUAUGAGAUCCGGUACUGGAAACACAGUGACAAAGAAGAGGCUGCUGACAGAGUGAGGACAGCAGGUCUUGUCACCUCAGCCCACGUAACAGAUCUCCACCCCAACACCAAAUACCAUGUGGCAGUCAGGGCAUACAACCGAGCAGGGACUGGGCCACCCAGUCCACCCACCAGUUUCAUGACAACAAAGCCACCACCAGGAAGGCCCCCUGGUAACAUCUCCUGGAAGUUUUCCAGUUCCAGUGUGAGCAUCAAGUGGGACCCCGUGGUUGCCAAGGCAGAUGAGUCUGCUGUCACUGGGUACAAGAUGCUGUACCAGCCGGACUCGCACUCAAUUCCUAUUCUAUACAUAGCCAACAAUAACCGGAUUGAGAUCCCAGUUCCGGAGGAGUCCACUCGUGCAGUAGUGCAGAUUAGAACAACUGGUCCAGGUGGAGAUGGAGUGCCAGCAGAGGUGCGGAUCCUCAGAAACAGUGGCACAAGUAUGAUGGUGAAAGAUUCUGCAAGCCGUCCAGUUGCACAGACAGUGGUUGCCCUGACUCACUCACUAGUAAUGUUUGCUCUGAUUGGCUCUUUGGAGCUCUGAUAGUAGCUUCCAUAAUGGAGGAUUCCAGAUUAGGACUCCUCCUAAUUAAGUUGGAGCAAGUCAAGAAUUGACCAUUAGGACUACGGAUUUAUACUACCAAUUUCUACCACAGCUGCUGUACUGCAGAGAGUGGCUGAACAGAACUGAAGAGGAAAAUACACAUUUUCUUUCUUUCUUUUCUAGAAAAUAGGACAUUUCAUACAAGACCUGAGUCUUUAAUCAAAGAUUUUUUUAAAAAAACAAAUAAACAAAAGGAUGAAUUCUGAAUGAAUUCUCUGGAUGUCUCAUAUUCUUCUGCCUUACAAAGCCAUGUGCAAAAGUGAUCAAGACUCUAAAAACUUGAUAUUUUCCUCCUUUUUUUAAAUAAACCAAACCAGAAUAAAGUAUCUUUUAGGGAAGGCUUUCAUAAUGAUGAGUAUGCUCUGUACCAUUGCCAGCUUAUUGAACCAAGGACUCUGGUGUUCUGACUUAAAGGAAAACUUGCAAUGUGACAGACAGUAUUAUCUACAUGACCACCUUUGAUGACAACUCGCUGAAGCAGGGAAAGCCAGUGGAAGCUGACAGUCAUCUGACAACCAGGAAAGUUAUUCAACUGCUCUACUUAAUGUCUUCUCUAUCAACAUCAUCCAAGUUAAUUUGUAACAUUAAAACACAUCAGCAGAGCAUCAUCCUGUACGUUAUGCAAGCUGGAAUCAUCUUCCUGGAUACAGGUGCUGUGCUACCUCUUUCCUUUUCUUCAAAUUCAUCUUCAACACAUAGCUUUCUCACUUGAUUUUUAAGCUUUUCCCUUCAUGCUCAUUUUCAUCUGUGAUCUCAUUAAAAAGAUGAAACUGUUGCGCUCUGUCAUUUAUCCUCUGCCAACACUUUCUACUUCACUUCUUCAUUCUUCUCCCUAUUACCUUAAACUGUGAGUUUCAUGGGGUUAGAUAAAUCACUGUUGUUGUCUUUUCCCGUGUACCUUUGUGAGGGCCACCUGUACAACUGUAGAAUUAAUUGACCAUAAUUGCAAAGAUAAAUAAAGCCCCAAAAUCAUUUUGAAG